GUGCCUCAGCCGUUCGCGAGUGACGUCACGCUUCCAUCUUCGCCCACUUCAUCCUCCUCUCGUUCUCUUCGCAUUGCCGGCCUUUGCAUCAUCGAUCAUUUCUCUUAUCUUUGCACGGGAAGAAGGCAAGGCGCCCCCGAAGCGCCUUCUCUGAUGCGAUCUCUGUGCAAAUAGAGGACGCAAUAACAGUAAAAUGUUCAUGGUGAGCAUUAUGCCUUUUGGCUUAUGUAGAAUUCCUAGAUUCCCCUAGAAACCAGAGCGGGUUGUGGGCAUGUAUGAAGGUGACCCAUCGGCCCUCUCGUUUGCAAGAACAACUCAAGAGGUAUAGAAACACGUACCCAAAAACCAGUCUGCUUUGACGAUUCCCAUCUAUGCUUUUUGGUGGCAAAUUUGGAUCUUCUGAAUCUCCAAUUUCCAAAAUCAGUACUUAAAUAGCUGUUGGAUUUGACAAGGACCCACCAACCUCAUUUCACAAUUGCGUCUAAAAAAUUAGAAAGGUUAUAUCACCUCCCUUUUUCGAAGACUCAUUCAUGGCCAUAUUACUCUUUUCCCAUCAAGGAUGGUGAUGCCAUUUUUCUAAUGCCUACCCCCUUAUAUAUGUCAAGCUUUUUGUCCAAAGCACAUUCCAUGCCUUACUCUCUCUCUCUCUCUCUCUCUCUCUCUCUCUCUCUCUCUCUCUACUCACUCUGUGUAGCAGCUUAAAGGAAUCUACGUACCGUCCUACAGCUCGUUAAUUUUCAAUAUAGUCUCGGGUGAAUUAUUGAUUCCCAAUCGAAUUAUGGAGUCCUUUGAGCACCAGAAGGGUGUAGGAAGAGAACAAAAGCAGCCACCGCUGCAGCCACCAUCGCCACCGCCGCCUACAACUUCCGCAUCGCCACCAUCGGCUGCCUCCUCCCCUACUCAUGAAUUCUCCUUCACAAUCUCCCUACACUCCUCCACCACCCCCAACACCACCACCACACCGAGCAAAACCAAGAACCCGACUUCCCGAGCGAUUGACCUGUCUCCUGCUGAUGACAUCUUCUUCCAUGGCCACUUACUCCCUCUCCACCUCCUCUCCCAUCUCCCCGUCUCUCCGCGCUCCUCCGGCAAUUCCUUGGACAGCUUCACCCUCCCCAUAAGGGACUUCCCAGAUGAUCAAGGCUCCAUCAAGAGUUAUGGCAAUUAUGACCGUGGCGACAGCGAUGAAGAUGACCGUGGUGGCUAUGGCAAAAGCAGCGAACACAAGCAGAAGAUAAAUGGUGAUGAAGAGAGUGAAGCUCCUCGGGGAAGAAGCAAGCUCAGAUCCUUUUCCAUAUUUGGGAUACCCAGACGGAAUAAGUCAAGAGCCAGUGAAGUUGGAGAUGGGGAAGAUUACAAAGAGAAGCAGAAGAGGAAGAAAGUGAUCAGCUUUGACAUGGCCCAGAUGUUGAAAAGGUAUGCAAGAAUGGUGAGGCCACUUUUGCUGUUUAGAGGCAGGAGAGGAGAAGAAGGUGCCCAAUUCAGAAGGCAGUCACAUUCUUUCUCAGGGAAUGUCGAUGGGAGGAGAAAGAAUCCAGAACUGAGAGCUCCUCAAUUCUCAGCACCAGCAUCAAUGAGGACAUCCCCAACCAACAGUGGCCUGCUAGUUCCAACCGCAGCCCUCACUUCUUCUACCUCAGAUCAAAGCACCAUGGAAGAGUUGCAGGCUGCAAUUCAAGCUGCAAUUGCCCAUUGCAAGAACUCCAUUGCAGCCGAAGGAAAGCUCAAGGCUUGAUGUGUAUUUUUUUAUCAAUUGUCGCCUUAGGUUCUGUACUUUUUUUUUUUUUCUUUUUUUGACAUAGUCAUCGAAUCAUUAUCUCCUUGUGUAUAAUUAAUUGUAUAUCACAUCGAUAAAUGUAAUGAGUUUUUUGAGAA